UGGAGAAGCAUCAUCCCCAACAAUUUAGAACAAUUCGCCUUGAACUUCAACCCUUCAGAUGAAUCUGUAAAUAACCAGCACACCAAGUCUGAACUCCGAAACAAUGCCCACCUCCACCUCCACCUCCUCCCACCGAAUAACCAAACCACCCACCAAGCGGGGAGUCCGACGCGCAUCCCGCAAAUCAACCCAGCCAACAUCAUCACCAACCAUACAAUCCCACCUGGAACCCCGACCCCAGGAACAACAGCCCACCCCCAUACCCCCACCCCAAAUCCAAACGCAACCACUAAUCGAGCGCACCAACGCUCUCGCCCUCUCGGAAUUCAUCAACCUCUACGUCCCCAAGGAUGACCUCCACAUCAUCAACACGCCAGAGUCCACCCUAAGCCCGCCAUCAUCCGCGCAGCAACCGCAGCAACCGGCGCAGCACUACGAAAUCACCAUCUACACGGCCGCAACCCUGCCCCCCAGCAUCUUCACGCAAUGCUUCCAGCUCAUCGAAACCACCUCGGCGGACGCCUACCGCGCCUCGUCGAUCGGCUGGUCGCCGCCCAAGAAGCGCAAGGAGAUGCAAUUACCGGACAUGAAGUAUCUGAUUCUCCGGCGCGCAGACCCCCAACCCCCCCAGAUAGCCGAAGAGGGGGAUGCCACGAAUUCCACCCCGGAAAACGACGAGGUGCUCGGCUUCCUCUCGUUCAUGGUCACGUACGAAGACGGGUUCGAGGUGGUCUACUGCUACGAGGUGCACCUGGCGGCAGCGGCGCAGCGGCAGGGGCUGGGGGCGCGGCUGAUGCGGGUGUUUCUGCGGAUCGGGGAGCAGCUGGGGAUGGCGAAGGCCAUGUUGACGGUCUUCCGGGCGAAUGGGGCGGCGAUCCGGUUCUACGAGCGGUUGGGGUUCGGGGUUGAUGAGAGCUCGCCCCGGCCCCGGAGGUUGAGGAAUGGGACGGUCAAGGAUCCCGAUUAUCGGAUUCUCUCGAGGGUUUAUGCGAGAGAGUGA